AAAAGAGACGAAUAAACUUUUAUUUGACACAAAAAGAUGUCCAGCAUCUACACAUAUGUUACAGGAUAUGUAGUGUAUAAUUUGUUAAAGUAGAGAGAAGUGAAGUGUUACAAGGUUGAUAAUAAUUUUGAAGUGUAAAAGUUUCCGUUGUUGGGGUAUAAAUAUCGUCAUCCGGAUAUAAAUUAUUGUUAUACUCAAUUACAUAAAGUGAUGUGGAUGAUAAAGGUUAAAUGAUGGGUAGGACUGGUGAGUUUACAGACUAUGAAGAAUUUUUCACCGCCAGAAAGGCAGGUAUAUUUGUUGGUGCUGCACUGUUUGCUGUGGCAGUUAUAGUUGUAGUAGUUUCAUCAGUAUACCAAGCUAUAGUCAGACGAUGUUGUGCCUCAAAGAAAGACAAUCCAAAAAAGAUUGAAGAAGCUGUUCCAACGAUUGCCGAAGAAACAAGACGUUCCUUCGAAAACCCUGUUUACUCUCAAGAUAUCAAAGAAAAGCAAGAUAUCAAUGUACGAAUUUCAACAGCGGAUGGAUAUCUGUCCAUUGAAAAUCACGAAUAUGAAAAUGCAACUCAUCUAAAAAAGAGAACUGAUUCGGACGCAGAUAGUGACAUAGAUUAUGAAAAUCUCAAAGACAAGAAAAUUGAUCCUCCGAAGGAAAGAAAGAAGCCUCCAAUGAAAAGCAAAACGACUAAAAAGGAGAAAGCAAACAUACCAAUAGAUAAUGAUAUUAAUGGUGUCGAAGAAACAAUUGAAACUUACGACAGGCCUCAGGCACCAAAGUCAAUAAAGAAAAGGACGUUAGAACGUGUUGACGACGAGGACGAAGAUGCACCCGACUAUGAUGUACCAAAAACAUUUACAGAAGACGACGAGGAAACACAAGACUAUGAUGUUCCAAAAUCAUUUACUGAAUAAAAAUUAGCGAUACAUGUA